CUUUUACCAUAAAAGCUUUUACGCUUUACUGGCUUAUUAAUGCUGCUACAAUUCAGCCGGAGACGGUGAUGCUGAAUAGAUAUCCGACUGAUUUAUCAGCCGGACAGACCACUAAUCCAAAACUGACCAAUGGCGUACAAUGUUUACUUAUAUUUUCAUUAGCAACAGCAGACAGUCACGAAACAUGCCAGUUUCAUUGAUUGAUAGAAUUGUUCUAAUAACAUAACAACAUUACCGCAUUUACCGGUAAAGUACUGUAUGUAUCAACAUAGGCACGACAAACUGCAGUUCAUCCUUGCUGUAUAUUUCAAAUCACCCUAUUGUGACCUUUACGGUGCGGCACUAUGAUAGGGAUGGGGAAAACGAAAUUUUUUCCGGAUAUACCUAUCGACACAUUCAAAAAUUUCGUUCGUUUGCAAGACCCUUAUGAACAUGCUCGUGAUAAAGAAAGGCGCCAGCAGAAUGAACCGUUUACCCAACCGCUGUAUAUUGGUACACCGGUAUAUGACCUUCAUCCGGAUGAACCCACCUUCCACAAAACGUCAUCCAAAGAAUUCCUGGCAGAGGCGACAAAGAGCUAUGAAAUCGUUAAACUGGAUAGGUCAGCGCAGAUUAUUGCUGCUGAAGCCACACAAAUGCAGCCGAUCCCCGGCUCACUACGAAGCAGUGAAGAAAGACGGAGCUUUAACGAAAAUAAAACACCGCAUUGGGAAACGCUCCUACGUCGACAACGAAUGGACAGGGUCAAACGGUCUGAUGCGAAGAACCCGUUGGUGCCACGCUGCAUCAACUGGACGGAAGAAGAUGUUCUGCACUGGCUGAACAGCAUUGGUAUGGGAAAGUAUGAGGAAACAUUUAUAUACAACGGCAUUGAUGGAAUUCGCCUUUGCAUUCUGGAAACAAAUCGCUUGGGACAAAUGGGAAUUCACGACUGGGACGAUUUAAAGGUUCUGGCGGCAGCAAUACGUAAUGAAACAAAGCGCCCAGUUUGUCCCGUUCCACACACUCGCAAUGUAGCCAGAAAGCCUUUGGAAGAUAUUGAUUCAUAUCUGGAGUUCAAGAAUGUCCGGGGAGAUCGAUCUGAUUUUACCAGCUUCAAAAAAUUUACAAACGAUCAUGAAAAUGUAAUCUGGAACACCCAGGAGAAAACUCUGCAGUACCCGGGAUGAUUAAUAGAGGAGUACACAAACCGCUAUAAAAGACACAUUUACACAGCUUUCCAGUUCGCUGUUUUACGCAUUUGUACUUAUAGCCGCUGCUCACCGGCGUUAUUCGGUUGCUUAAUAAUAUCGGCGAAGCUGCAAAAAACUGCAAAAAUUAUGAUAGAUAAGUUAAACCUUAAAUUACGGAACUGCAGUCUAUUGCAAAAACAAACAAAAAACGGUUUCAAAUUUUAUAAGAUUACAAUCUAACAUACUUUUCACAAGCCGCUUUUUUAUAUGGGAUUUCCAUGCGUGCAUGUACAAGACGAGAAUAGUUCCUAGCCAGUUGAAUUCGUAGAAGUCAACAUUUGCGAAGAAAACAUUUUUUCCGCUUUGAAUUUCGUAGCCAGGCCGUAUCGAUUGCGAU